GAAAAGGCUCCUAUAUCGCGGUCACCAACUCUUCUUAUCUCUCUCGUUUCUAUCCACACUCGGACAUCGCAGAGACCGACCACUCGGUCACUCCUCGCUCCUCUCCUUCCAGUCGUCUCCAGCUUCUGCUCUCGCUCAGUUGCUUCUCCUUUUCGAAGACUUCGGACUUGUAACCGUCAAAGGGAGUGAAGGAAGGAGUUUUGGAAGUUCGAUACAGACUUAAGACUCGGGAGCUUUCUGUAAGCAUCAAGAGUGAGGGUGACGAUGUUUCUCCUUCAACCUUCUGCUCCUCGCCCCUGUAAUUUGAAAUCCACAUUUCUGGGUGAGAUGAGUGCAACCCAAGUUGUACGAGUUCCUGUCACUAAGGUUGGUCUUCUGAGGAAGGUUGUGGAAUGCAAAGAAUCAAGAAUAGGGAAGAAGGCAAUUGAGGUACCAUCCAAUGUGACUAUCACACUGGAAGGCCAGGAUUUGAAAGUAAAGGGUCCUUUGGGUGAGCUUUCAAGGACUUAUCCACGUGAGGUCAAGAUUGUGAGAGAGGAAUCUGGGACUCUGAAGGUCAAUAAGGCACUGGACACGAGGAGAGCUAACCAGAUGCAUGGGCUUUUCAGGACUCUUACAGACAACAUGGUGGUUGGAGUUUCUAAAGGAUUUGAGAAGAGGCUUCAAUUGGUUGGGGUUGGGUAUCGUGCAACAGUAGAAGGCAAUGACUUGGUAUUAAAUCUUGGGUUCUCUCACCCAGUUAGGAUGGCAAUCCCUGAUGGUUUGAAAGUGAAGGUGGAAGACAAUACCAGAAUUUCUGUUAGUGGAUAUGACAAGUGUUCCAUUGGUGAAUUUGCUGCUUCAAUUAGAAAGUGGAGACCACCAGAACCAUAUAAAGGGAAGGGUGUCAAAUAUGCUGAUGAGAUUGUAAGAAGAAAGGAGGGGAAAGCUGGGAAAAAGAAGUAAAAUGGCUACCCUUCUUUCUUUCAUGUCAUUUUUUUUUCAUUUUGGGCUCUUUUUGCUUGUGCUUGUGUUUUUUUUUGCUUGUCUAGUUGUUUAGUAUCCUUUGUUUUGAGCCAACUGUACUUACAUCGCAGUUGAAGAAAAAAAAACUAAAUUUAUGAACAGAUUAUUCUUUCUUUUC